CUUCACUCGAAAUUCUUUGCUCGCUUCUGUCCCGGAAGAACAAGAUUUCUUAUCGUGUCAGUUGUCGUCACCCUUCGUGCCAAAACAACUUCUUUCUAGACCAGGCUGUAAAAUGGCUGGAACAGCUUUAAAAAGACUCAUGGCUGAAUACAAACAACUAACCCUCAACCCUCCAGAGGGGAUUGUAGCAGGGCCUGUAAAUGAAGAAAAUUUCUUUGAAUGGGAGGCUCUGAUUAUGGGACCAGAGGACACGUGUUUUGAGGGCGGUGUGUUCCCUGCCAUCCUCAGUUUCCCUUCAGACUACCCUCUCAGCCCUCCCAAGAUGAAGUUCACCUGUGACAUGUUUCAUCCGAACAUCUACCCAGAUGGCCGUGUGUGUAUCUCAAUCCUGCACGCUCCUGGUGAUGACCCCAUGGGCUAUGAGAGCAGUGCUGAGAGAUGGAGUCCCGUGCAGAGCGUGGAAAAGAUCCUGCUGUCUGUGGUCAGCAUGCUCGCUGAACCCAACGAUGAGAGCGGAGCAAAUGUGGAUGCAUCAAAGAUGUGGCGUGAGGACAGAGAGCAGUUCAACCGACUAGCUAAGCAGAUCGUGCGCAGAUCUCUGGGCCUCUGACACACUCUCACACUCCAGGACAGUGAGGAUUGACGUUUACAAGAAUCAAACUCCCCACAGAAGAGAAAGAGUGUUGUAGUGUACUACCCCCUACCUCCACCAGUGUGAGCACUUUAUUCCCAUCCAGGCUUUCAUACUCUCUUCCCAGUCCUCCCCUCUCUUGUGAUUGGGUGAAUGCGUUUGACAAAUGGCUUUUGAUGAUGAAGGCAAAGCAUUAUACAUUAACCGGACAGGGUUCUAAAAGAGAGCCAAGCAUCAUUUACUGAAUAAGUACACAAACCAUUUAUUCACAGCCAUUUUUGGCGGCCGGUUUGUCUGUCAUGCCUGUUACUUGUCCAUAGUUAAGCAAUGGAAUGCAGCUUUGGUUUGCUGAUAGUAUGCUGAUGCAUGCUUUUAUGCCUCAUUGUAAUAAAAUGCAUUGUGAGGCGGUGACUGAGACUAUCACAUCUACUUACAGAUUAUAUUAAUGAUCUUUUAGAAAUAAGAAAAAAGAUCAUGUCUAUGGAUGCAAAUUUAAUAAAUGUCUUAAUUAAAUACAUUUAAUAUGAAAAUGUUUUGAAAUUUGGUAAUACACAGAUAGGUCAGUGUUUUCUUCAAUUUCACUUUACUUUUAUGGAGGUUUUUAGAUUCAAGUAGUAGCAAGCUGGACUCAUCCAGCCUUCGGCAGAAAGACGGACCAGAAUAAUUGUUGAAUUUACACCGUCAUUACUUUAAUUAAAAAAAUCAUUCAAUUCUGUAUACUUUUUGCUUUUCAUCUGUUAUCAAGGAUUGUAAAGCCAAUAAAAUCAAUAAAUGUUUGUGAUUUAUGAA